AAUUGCUUUUAAGGCAUGUUCUCAUUCUAAUAAUUAAGUAUAAGUUUAAAUGAAUGCUUAAUAAAAAAUAUGAAUAAUUUUAAUUUUUUAUUUAAAUCAAUGCUUAAUUAUCGACAAUUACAAUAUCAUCAAAAAUUGUUUGAGACAAAUAUUUUUUUAUAAUUUAUAGCCUAAUUGGGUUUUGAUUAGAAAAUUAAAAAUCUAAUUUAAUCUAAUUUAGCUUGAGAUUUGCUAUGAUAUUUUUGUGGUAAUAUAAUAGCUGAAUAGUUUGGAAACAUAAAAAUAAGACUUGUAGUUUGCUACAUUUUAGUUGUUAUUUAGCUAUGAAUUAUAAGAAAAUUAGUUUGAAUUUUGCUAGGAAAUUUCAGUCAAGCCACUCAAUUCAAGCUACGGCAUAUAUGGUAGCUAAUCCGUCUUUAAUCUCCAACUAACUCUGUUUGAUAGAGACUUACUUCAAAUUAGCUACGGUUUUGGUCGUAGCUAGUUGUAAAUUUUCUUGUAGUGAACUUAAUUGAAACAUUGAAACUUUCUCUCAUUUUCUCCAUAUGAGCUCAUAUUUCAUAUCACAAUAUAAUUCAUUGAAUUUUUUAUUAGGGCCUAGCUACAGUAGUUACAUCAACUGAUUAAGAAAUCACGAUUUGUGAAUCAAAGGCUUCAAUUGAAACACCCAAACUUGUCUAUCGACAUGUCCAAUAGUGUUGCAUGCAAGGCCUUUAUAUCACGCACUCCAUAUAUGACCUAAAAAAAGACAGGAAGAACAAGAUAUAAAAAAAUGAGCAAAGACAAGUCCUCCAAGAAAUCUAAUCAACUAAUAUAAAAAAAACAUCACACAAUUUAAAUACUCACAAUUAAAUUAAGGGUUAAAUGUAAUUCACCCCCUGCCAUUAGGGCGAGUUUCGGGUUUGCCCUCCUGAACUUUUUUUUUUUAAGAAGACACCCUUAUAAAAGUGUAAAGUCAAAUUCACCACACCCUUUUACUCCACAUGCUGACUGGGCUUUGACUGAAAGGCUGACGUGGAAAAUGAUUAAUUGCUGAUUGUGUUAUCUUCUUCAAAAUAAACCCAUGUGUGUUCAAGGUGAUUCUGGCCUUGUCCUCACCACUGAUCCAAAGCCACGGCUUCGUUGGACUGUCGAACUCCAUGAACGCUUCAUCGAUGUUGUUGCUCCGCUUGGAGGACCAGAUAGUACUCAUCUUUUCCUUAUGUUCUUUUAUUUCAUGUGGUGCAAAUUAUAUAUGUCGAACUCCAUGAACCCCUGUUCUUUUAAAUUGUCUUUAAUUCUACUUUUUCUAACAAUACAAUUAGCAGUUUGUAUCUAUGUUUUAUUAAAUGGAGGAAUUUGGAAUAAGGCUAGUAUUAUUGAUUUUGAUUUGCUUUUGUUCACUUUAUGCAAAAAGAAACAUGUCAUGCAGGCUCAAAAGUUUUUCGAUCAAAUCAAGAGCCGGUUCUCGUUAACAGCUAAAACAUACAGCAUUCUGAUUUCUGGAUGGGGUAAGGUUGGUGAUUCAGGGAAGGCCCGUGAGCUGUUUGAAGAAAUGCUUGAGCAAGGAUGUGACGUGGAUUUGCUUGCUUAUAAUAAUAUGUUAGAUGCCCUUUGUAAGGGAGGCCAUGUGGAUAAAGCUAUGGAUUUUUUUAACGAUGUGUUGUCAAAGAGUGUUGGGCCAGAUGCGUUUACUUACUCGAUAUUCAUUCGUGCAUACUGUGACGCAGAUAAUUUUACUUUGGCAUUGAAAUGCAACUGCACUGAGAAAAAAAUACAUGUGGAUCAAAUAUUGGAAGUGCUUAAUUUUUAUCUGUGGCAGGUUCAAAAGCAUUUUCAAUUGAGGAUUGAGGCUCAAGGAAAGUACAUGCAGAGUAUAUUAGAGAAAGCUUAUCACACACUUGCUGGAGAAAACAUGGCAGCUGCAGCUACAAAUUUCAAGGGAAUAAAUGGUAGUGAUGAGGAACAGUUCGAGAGACCAACCCUUGAAGGAUUUAUGCCAACUAAUAAUAAUAAGACCUUAAUCAUUUGCCACAUCAGCCUUUCAGUCAAAGCCCAGUCAGCAUGUGGAGUAAAAGGGUGUGGUAAAUUUGGCAUUACACUUUUAUAGGGGUGUCUUAAAAAAAAAAAUUCAGGGGGGCAAACCCGAAACUCGCCCUAAUGGCAGGGGGGUGAAUUGCAUUUAACCCUUAAAUUAAUAGCAAUAUUUCAAUUUUCUGUCAACAUGUUUCUGAAUUUCAAAUAAUUAGAUAAGAGUGUAUAAAGUACUUAGUAUUGUAGAAAAGAUAGAGCAUUCUAUUGUAUUUAGUAUUUACCACUAAAAUAAAAUGACACUUGUGGUAGUGAUAUGUUCAUUAUAAGAAGAUCUUUAAGAUGUGAAUAAUAUUAUAUUGGCUCAUAUAAAAUCAAAAUAUUCUUAAGAAUUAUUUCAGAUAUAAUAGCAAAAGGAGUCUCAAAAUUUAAAUUUAACUUUCCUGAGCAUGGACUCCUCACAUUAAGCUACAACGACUUCCUCUGCUAUGAUCUAGCCAUCACAAUUGGACUUCACUUGUUUGAUCUCUUCACAACAACUCUGACAAAAUUAAUACAUAAGAGCAUAACAUGUUAGGAUAUAAAUAUCACAGAAUUAGUUAGGGAGUU